CCAAAGAUGCUAAAGUCUCUUCAACAAAUUCUCAUAAAACAGAGAGGAAACAUUUUAGCUACAUGCCAAAGAUGAAAAACAGAGUCACAGAACAGUUCUGUUGGUGGAAAAAGAAAAACAGGGGGUCACAUCAGAUCCGUCGCCGCCGGGUGAAAGAACCAGUCAUGUACAUCCCACAUCAGAUCCACAAGCAACCCAUCAACGAAAAUCGUUUGGUUCCCUCUGAAAUUCCACUGCAACCUCUUCACCCGAAUCACAACCUUCUUAUCGAUACAGACGGAGAGAACAGGGUGGUGAUGCCUCUGCUUCAGCCCUUCCUUCUCCCCCUCGCCGCCGCCGCCGCUGCAUUUAAUCAGGAUAUCGUGCUGGCCGCCGGUCUCGGAGAACCGAGCUUUAGUGGAAUACAGAGUGCUCCCGGAGCAAUGCUCCUGCCUCAAAAUCUAGCUGACUUUGGCGGCGGCCGGCGCCGCCCUCAGCAAUUUCUUGGACAGAACGGCGGAUUCGUCGGCCAGGUCGCCGAGGACGAGGGCAAUUUCGCAAUUGCGGCGUGUGACCAAACGGUAGAAGCCAUUUAUAAUAAUUUUUUUUAAUUUUUUUUAUUUUACUUUAAAAAUGAGUUGGAAAUGGUAGAAGAUUAAAAUUUAUUUUAUUUA